GUUAGAAUACACGUUAGCAUUACCUAAUUCUCCUGAUUAGGGAGAAAAAUGAGGUGAGCCAGCGAAAAUGUAAAACGAUUUCUGAUUGUCCUUUUAAGCGGUGGACUAGAAUGGAAAAUUCUGCAAAAGAUAUUUAACGUGCAUUGAUUCUAGUUGGUUAGUGCAUCUUUACUCCUUCUAUCUACCUAUUAUAUAUUCUCGCACAGAACGCCCAAACAGAGUAGCACACUAGAAUACAAGAAAUGGCGAAAUCACACGAAACCGAACUUCCGAUCAAAGCUUUUGGUUGGGCUGCUACAGACACUUCUGGCAUACUCUCUCCAUUUCAUUUCUCCAUAAGGGAAAAUGGCGAAGAUGAUGUAACCGUCAAAAUUCUGUUUUGCGGUGUUUGUCAUUCUGAUCUACAUUCUGUCAAGAACGAUUGGGGUUUCACUACUUACCCUCUUGUUCCCGGGCAUGAGAUUGUUGGCGUUGUGACAAAAGUUGGAAGCAAUGUGAAAAAUUUCCGUGCGGGGGAUAAAGUUGGUGUUGGUGUAAUGGUGGAAUCUUGUCAAACUUGUGAGAAUUGCCAGCAGGAUCUUGAGAAUUACUGUCCUAAAAUUGUGUUCACCUAUAACUCUCCUUAUAAAGGGACAAGAACUCAGGGUGGAUAUGCUGAUUCCGUGGUUGUUCACCAGCGGUAUGUACUCCAGUUUCCUGACAACUUACCCCUUGAUGCCGGUGCUCCGCUACUGUGUGCUGGGAUCACCGUGUAUAGCCCGAUGAUAUAUUAUGGCAUGACUGAGCCAGGUAAACAUUUGGGAGUGGCUGGGCUUGGUGGGUUAGGUCAUGUUGCCAUCAAAUUUGGCAAAGCAUUUGGACUGAAGGUUACUGUCAUUAGUACCUCUCCGGACAAGGAAAGAGAGGCCAUUGACAAACUUGGUGCUGAUGCUUUCCUUGUUUCCAGUGAUCCUGAAAAAGUGAAGGCUGCUGCAGGAACCAUGGAUUAUAUCAUAGACACUAUUUCUGCUGUUCAUCCUCUGUUGCCACUGCUUGGCCUGUUGAAGCUGAAUGGGAAACUGGUCACUGUCGGGUUGCCUAACAAGCCGCUCGAGCUCCCUGUCUUUCCAUUAAUUGGAGGACGGAAGCUUAUAGGAGGGAGCAACUUCGGAGGGAUCAAAGAGACUCAGGAGAUGCUGGAUUUCUGCGGCAAGCACAACAUAACUGCUGAUAUUGAGCUGAUUAGGAUGGACCAAAUCAACACAGCAAUGGAAAGGCUUAGCAAAGCUGAUGUCAAAUAUCGAUUUGUCAUUGAUGUCGCCAACUCUUUCUCAAGUUUGUAGAGUUGAUGCCACCAUGAUUCUUCAACACUUUGCUCGUGAAGCCUUGUAUGUCUCGUUAUCAUGGUAAAAGUUAAGAUUGGUAUAAGAUUUAAUAUUGGCAAACUUCGAAGACGAUGAGGAGCCUCUAUUUUUGAUUUUGUACGUUUUUAUCCUCGCAAUGUUUCAGACUAAAAGUGCGUUUGAUCUUGUUAUUUUAGAUAAAACCUUAUUUUCAAAUCAAAGCUAAAAAUAUGAGCUUUAAAAAUAAAGUUUGAAGUUAUUUGUGUAAAAGAAAAGUUGGAAGCUAUAAUUGUUCUGGUUAUUCAAAGUUAAAUUUAAAUGAGAAAAUUGUAUGAUAUUUAUAACA